GGUGGCGCCGCGGGACGUGUGGCUUGUGUUACCAGCCGCUUGUGUUUUAUUGUAGAUAAGUGAUCCUAGUAGGAAGUGUGCUUCGUCUAGUGCUUAGUGAGCCUAGCAGUAUAUUAGUGCGUUAUAGUGUGAUGAGUGUUGCUGCUAGACUGUGCUAGUGGUGUACUGCACCACAAGAUGGUGACAUAGACCACACAUUCCACUCCUAAAACAACCCUUUAAAAACAUUCCCAAAUUUGCCAAAUGGUAACUUAAAUCAGGAAGUCAUAGUUCAAACCGGACGAGGUGUCUUAUAUAUUGUACAAAGCAACAUGGAGUCGUGUGCCAAGGACUCGACCCCCUCAACCGCCAGCCCACAACAUCCGUCGGUGGGUGGCGGGCCGCCGCCCCCGGGAGGGUUACAAUACACAGGCGGGUAUGGGUGGCGGAGCUCAGGUGAGCGGGGGCCUGGUCAGGGGCCCAGGAUGGCUGGGGGCGCCUUCCUCUCCAGGAACCGCAUAGCCGUCAGCCUAGUGAAGAACGUUGUUAAUAUGGGACCUCUCACCCGCCAGUCAGAACCCAAACCCAAGGAGAUCGACCAAGACGAAGCCUUCGUUGAGGAGUCUGGCAUUAAGUUGUUCGAGUCCCGUGCUAAACCCACUGAUCGUGACGACAGUGUCGACGACGAUGACGACGACGAUGACGGCGGCGGGGACGACGACGAUGGUGAAGAAGAUCCCCUGUACGAACUCGAUGUUUUGGACGACACCAUCGUGGAAGAAGGUGAAGAUGAAGAGGAAGAUGAUGGGAAGGUAGAAGUGAAGAACAAGGACGACACAAAGACUGUGAAGACGGAAGAGUGCGGUGAGAUAAGAGAACCUCAGAAAGAAGAGCAACAACAACAAGUUGAAGUAGUGCCUCCCAUAGUGCCCCAGGAGGGACUACCGAAGACAGAGGCCAGUAGCAGCAGCGUCAGCAGCAGCAGCGGCAGCAGCUCCACCAGCAGUGCUAAUAGCAGCUUUACCAAUAUGACCAGCUCCAACAACCUUUUCAACAAGACCAACUGUAGCGUCAACAACAUGGGCGUGAGCGCCAACAAUAACAUGGUGGGCGUAGGCGUGUGUGAGGGUGUUGGUCCAGUGAGCAAGAGAGACUCGUGCAGCAGCAGUAGCGGAAGCUCCAGAGACUCAGGCAUUAGUGAUGGCUGGGGAGAACCUCUCAUAAGAGGCCGCCCGCACCGCCUCUCCUUGCCGCCCUCCGCACGCCCACGUCACCAGUUCACCAUACGCAAGGUGGCCGAAGCUGAGGCCGCCCCAGCCCGCAGGAACAAUGAUUACAUUGACAGUCGUCUAGCUGAACGCCGGAGCCCUGACCCCACUGCCGCCUCCCGCACCGCCCACACACCCAUCUGGUUCAAGCGUCACACUACGGACAUAUCAACAGUUGGAACUUGCAGCAAAAGCCAGCAAGCAGGAGAUGUAUCUGUAGAAUCCUCUCAAGAUGUUAUAGUGUCCCGCACCCUGAGCUCUGCCACCACUGAGAGAGAUGACACCUUUUCUCAGUCCACCUCAGGUGUCAGGCCUCGCUCCGGCACCUGGAGUGUUGCAAAUUCACGUAGAGUCAAGAUUAAAGCUGAAAAGGAAGAAGAAGCUUCUCUCCGCCAACGUCGUAAAUCAGGAGAUGAUAUUCUAGCCGCUGCAUCUAGUGCCACAAGCAACGUUGCGAGUGGCCGUCGUAAGGAAGGCGGCCCACAAGGUUUCUUUGACUCCUUCAGGCCACGGUCAAAGUCAGAUGCCAGAGCUAUAUUGGCAGCGAGGCAAAGGCGCAAGUCUGGGGAUGAUAUUCUCAAUACAGCUCAGAAGGAGAAGGAAAAAAAGAAGGAAACGUCACAAGGAUUUUUCGACUACAUUGGUCGACGGCCGCGUUCCAAGUCGGAUGCAUCACGUGUUGGAAAGAAACCUAAUAUAAUAACAUCAAUGAAAAAUGCAGUACAGAACUGGAGUGAUGAGAAGGAGCGUAGAAGGAAGGAGCGUGAGGCUCAGCGUCGAGAGAGGCAGUUGAUGCUGGGUCGCUUCUCCGUGUCGUGUCAGCACACACUUGUGUCACCAAGUGGCAGUAAUCGCAGUGGCAGACGCAGUGGGGAUGUUACCCCUGUUGAUCAACAAACACGUGACGAUGUGUACCACACUUGGCAUGCAGGAGCACCACAUCCUGGCCUACAACCAAGAAACCGUGCACCUGACAGCAACAGAACAGGUCUUUCUAAAGUCAUGGAACUUUUUCGAAGUCAUCGUGGAGAAACUAAUGAAGAGCGGCAGCGAAGGAAGAGCGGAGGAAAAUUUGGUGACAAAGGUCAGUUACGACGGCUCUCCAGUGACACAGACAAGAGACGCCAUGGCAGUGGGACACUUCAGCCAACAUAUGUUCGUGGUGAAAUGGACCCAAAUCAAGCAGCCAUGCUUUUCCGUGACUCUCGAGGGCUACCGUAUGCUGACCCCUUCCUGGAAAACAUCAGCAGGAGUGACUUAGAGGAAGAUGAAACACAAAUAUUUGUCAAAUUCUUUGAGUUCCACCACACCUAUGACCUCAUUCCCAUCAGUGCCAAACUCGUGGUUUUUGACACCAGGCUGCAGGUUAAGAAGGCCUUCUUUGCACUGGUAUACAAUGGCGUUCGAGCUGCCCCACUCUGGGAUUCUGCACGUCAACAGUUUAUUGGUAUGCUUACAAUCACAGACUUCAUCCGUAUUCUGCAGAAUUUCUAUAAUUCACCCAAUCGUAAAAUGGAAGAGCUAGAGGACCAUCGUCUAGAAACAUGGCGUACGGUAUUGAAGGAUGAAUCACGACCAUUGAUCAGCAUCCGACCAGAUGAGUCUCUGUAUGUUGCAAUACGAUCUCUAAUCCAUCAUAAAAUUCACCGUCUCCCCGUCAUUGAUCCCGCCACUGGCAAUGUUCUGUAUAUUGUCACUCAUAAGCGUAUUCUCAAGUUCCUUUACCUAUAUAUCAAUGAGCUGCCUAAGCCGUCCAUCCUGCAGAAGCCAUUGAGGGAAUUGGAGAUAGGCACAUACAAAAAUAUAGAAACUGCAAGUCAGGAUACACUCAUCAUAGAAGCCCUAAAUAAAUUUGUUGAGCACAGAAUCUCUGCCUUGCCUAUUGUAGAUGCUGAAGGAAAACUUGUUGAUAUAUAUGCCAAGUUUGAUGUCAUAAAUCUUGCAGCAGAAGGAACAUACAAUAAUCUUGAUGUGACUCUCCUGAAAGCCAAUGAGUAUCGCAAUGAAUGGUUCGAGCAGGUCCACAGCUGCACACUGGAUGAGACGCUUGGAACCAUUAUGGAACGCAUUGUACGGGCAGAAGUACAUCGUCUGGUUGUAGUUGAUGAAAAAAAUCGGGUUGUUGGUGUUAUAUCUCUAUCUGAUAUUCUCAAGGAGCUUGUCCUGAAGCCCUGCAAUGAUGUUGAGCCUAACAGUUUGCGAUCAGCAAAUGUGAGUCAGAUGGAGGUAGUUUUAACUCAGGCAGUAGACUUGUCGGCAAAAUAUUCAACAGAGUGUUCUCAUUCAGAGAGCAACAAAGAUCCACCCACUGCUUCAACUCUGAAUGUCAAUGGCGUCCAUGUGACAGAGAGUGACGAAAGCAUUGGUGGAAAGUGGAGUAGUGACGACCGUCUAAGUCAAACCUGUAGUACCAGCAGUGGACAAGGAAAUGAGAGUUCUUCGAAGUCAUUCCCAGCAGACAGUGAAGAUGAGGCCCGUUUCUGUAUCGAGAGUUCUGAUGGUGGUGCACCUGUCCCACCACCAGAGGUUAUUCCUAUUACAGGUUAAAAAUACACAUUUAAGCAUAAAGAGUGGUAUGACUAUGAAUAAUAAAUGUAUUAUUUAACACUGAGAAAAGCAAGAAAAUGUCAAUUGGGUGAACAGUUUUACAGUUAAAAUAUUAAACAAAAGCUACAAUUAGGCCUCAGUGAUUACUCUCAUAAAUGAUACAUUUUCAUAUCAAAGUAAAUUGUGAUAGUUGCAGUUUGAAUAGCACAUCAGGUAAUAUAUGCCUUUUUUUCCAGUCAGGUUUGCAUUCAUGAUCUCUUCCACAUAGAAUGCAAUAAAAGACGAAAUUUCAGUUGUCAGGUUAAGCAGUAGCCAUUUCUAGCAGCAUAUUAUAUUUAAAUGAAAUGUGAUAAGCUGGCACUCUUUUAGGUAGCCAACCCGUUAGCCUAGCACCAGUUCUAUUUCAUAAUCUGCAACAGCAAAUGCUGCAGUGCUUUUGAGAAAAAAUGGCAACACUGCUAUAUUGCUUAAAAAUUAUACUUUACAACAGGACUAAGUGUGUAAAUAAGACAAUGUGUGGGUUAUAGUAUUUUAUUAUGAAGAGCUUUUAUCCACCAGGGACUAUAAAUUUAUGAAUUGAUUGUCCCUUGUGGACAAAGUCUUCAGAGUAAGUGUUGUGACCCCCCACAUUCUUAUUUACAUGCACCGUAUAUUCUACCAUUGUACUACCAGGACUAAGUGUAUCUGUACUGACUCUGGUUUAGUGCUUUUGAAGGUACUGUUGUCAGUUCUGCUAGUGCUUGCUCAGUGACUGGGGAAAAAAUUGUCUAGCGAGUGAUAAGUGAAUGUGUUGAUUAAAUUGGUUGAGUGUUUAUAUACUGAUGAAGAUUUUUUCAUUAUGCAAGCGCCCUUAACCUAUGCUAAAAUAUUAUCAUUCAUGGUCAUAAAAGAAGUGUUAGUGAUAAAUUUUAGUAUUGUCAAUUUCUUCAGAAGACUACACUUUCAAUAAUUUUAUUCUACUUUUUUUUAUUUGACAAAGAAUAAGGUGUAGGCAAAGAUUAUUUGCUAUAGCAGUGGCUGCUACAUUGGCAACAAUAAAUACAAACCAUACAGUCUUGGCUUGCUGACUAGGGCUUUGUCAUAGUUUCAAGUCAUGUUUGCCCUCAUUCCAAGAGGGGCUAUUCAAUAAGGCUGUUUCCAGAAAUGUAUCCAUGAUGAUGGGUGUAAAACAGAUUUUGCAGCAAGUGAAAUGGACACUAACACCAGGGGGGGGUGAAGGUGAGCAUUGUACCAGUGCUUUUGUUAGAAACUUGUGUAAGGUUGUCUUUUUUAUUUAUUUUUUCUCCUCCUGGAUGAUGCUUAUACACUGCUGUACAAAUGGAGCCCUGGUUCAGCCAAUUUUUUAGUGAUAUUUGAAAUGAAUGCUAUUUUUUAAGGUGAGGGAUUCAAAUAGUGCAAAACUUUAUAAUUAAGUCUGGGCCUUACCUUCAUUUUUACCACAAGGUCAGAAAGUUUUAAUGGACUAUUUCAUAAGAGGAUUUCAUGCUUGAUGCCUACAGGAGUACUUAAUAAUGAAACUGUCCAAAAAAAAAAAAAAAAAAAAAAAAGCUGUUUACCUCUUGCUCAAAAUACAUGUAUUAGGAUUUGGUAGCAAGGUUUAGAGAUUAAUUCACUGUCAAGAAUUUGAGUAACUUUCAUCCCCUAAUGUGAAGAGAUGCAUGACAGUGAGCAAAAGAUAAUGACAGUGCAGCAAGAAAAUAUAAAGGGCUGAAGAGUAUAAUAAUGGUUUUGCAUUGCAAAUGUUUAAUGUACUUCCCUUUCUUAAUACUUGAGGGAGUCAUGAGGUUCAUCCUGUAGUUCAUCACUGUGGUUAAGAGCUGUGUUCAUCCUCAUUGUUUAACACAAUUACUUCUUGUAUUUUGUGCCUCAUUGUAACUUUUUUAUGAAUUAUUCAUCCAUUGUUUAGCUUGUAAAUAAUGAUAUACCAGUUGGUGACUCCUUGUACAUAACAAUGUAUUCCUUGACCCAAGUAUAAUAAAAGAUUUAAUAAUUAUCA